AUGGGGCGCCCGGCCCUGGUCGCAGCCGCCGGCAACCGCCGCGCGCCGGCGACGCGCCGGACCCAGUUGCUGCGGGCCUUGCUGCAGCAACGGGCGCAGCCCGAGGCCCGCAGUGCGGAUGGCUGGGACGCGUUGAUGUGGUCGGCGCAACUGGGGAACUGCGAGGAUUGCCGCAUCCUCUUGGAGGCACGUGCCUCGCCCAACGCGGUCUCGUCCGAUGGGACCUCGCCCUUGCUGUGUGCGGUGCGAGCGGACGCGGCGCCCUUGGAGGUGGUGAAGCUUCUUUUGGCCUACCGGGCAGAUCCUGCCCUUGUGCCCAUGCAGAGCCCCUUUGACGAAUACGUGGAUAUGGAUGUGAGAGAAGCCUUGGCACGAGCCCCACAGCAACGAUGA